CACGAAAAUCGUGAUAUCUGCUUCUAUUAGUUUUGUAAAAUCAAAGUUUUUUUGAAAGUGCAAUUUCAUCAAGAAAACCUGUGGAAAAGUGAAGAUUUUCACCCGUUAACAUUUCAAAAUUACUUUGCCAUCAAGAAACAAUAAUAACAUGGACGAAGAAUUUAUCGACGACGGCCAAGGCAAAGUAACGGUAGAUGAAGUUCGAAUUGGAUUAUUCCGCGUCUUAUGGAAAUAUUUCCAUAAUGUUGGCAACAUGAAAGAUUGUCGGAUUUGUCGCAAAUUUCGACUGUCCGGAUUGCAGUUUGAUAGUGAUUUCAUGAUUUCUAGGAAGAAAGAAUCGAUUGGUAGGCCUAACGUAAUCACGCUUAAAUUUAUUUCUUGCAGUGACCGUUCCACUAGCAAACCUGAAGAUGAGCAAUCAAAAUCAAAACGCAUCAAACUAGAAGAAGAAUCAGUUUCACCGAAAUUGAGAAGUCUGCCUCCUAUCAAAGUAUUGUUGUUUGGCGAAAGGGUACCUCAAACUCAAUAUAUUCAUGGCAAAUGGAAAUUUAACCAUAUCCAAACGUUAGAGGGAGGUAAUCCUUUCGUCGAGUUUUUGAUCGAUUUUGGGACGAACGAAUUAGUUGAAAAAUUGGUUACCAUUCAAAUGGGACGUAUUCUUCACAAUCAAACUCUGUGUGAUGUGAUCUUCAAGUUCAAAAAUGGUGAUGAGAUCGGGGCCCACGUAGCGAUCCUUACGGCCGGAAGUCCUGUUUUUGCUGCCAUGCUUCAGACGGAUUUCGUUGAGUCGAAAACAAGAAUCGUGAAUAUUGCAGACAUUGACAUGGACGUUUUCAAAGAAAUGUUAACCUACAUGUACACUGGAAAAGCUCCAAAUUUGGUGAAAAAGAACUUUGCUCGGUCGGUUUACGAAGUUGCCGAUAAAUAUGACAUCGAGUUCCUCAAAAAGGUUUGCGAAGACCUCCUUGUAACCCAACUGAGCAUCGAUAACGCUGUGGAAUUGUUGGUUUGGGCACAGUUCCAUUCACUUCCCAAGCUGAUUGAAAAGGCUGUGCAGUUUAUUGCGAAAAAUUCUGAGGAGCUCUGCUCCCAAGCCAAAUGGUUGGAUUUCAUGGAGGAUCAUCCCAAAUUGUGCCUGAAGAUUAUGCAGAGAAUGGCAAAAUUCGUCCUGAUGACCUGUUCAGAUUCAGAAUAAUUAGCAUUUCAGAGGUUUUUGAAGUUCCACCUGCGAAUCUACGAAGUCUGAAUGAAAACAAGUGCUCGCGAACAAGGAUGAACUCGCAAAGUCGUAAUUGUCAACUAAUAAUUUUCAUCAAAUUAAUUUCCUUUUUUUAACCUAACUUAACCAAGUUGAGCAUUAAUACAUGAUUUAAAUUUAAUUGUUCGCUUUUACCUUGAUGGGGAAUAAACUUUAAAUAAGAAGUGAAUCAUCAAAAAGGCAUUUGACAAAAACGGGCAAAACAGAAAAGGCUUACCCUUUCACACACCCCUUCAAAUUUACUCUCACGAGGCGUACAUAGUGCGGCUGGUGGUUCACAGGUGGCGCUAAUCUGAACUCUUUAGAUUGUCUUCUGCUUUGUCAUUCGUGAAGGAAGUCGUGAGCCGAAUACCCGAAUAAGACGAGUACUAAAGUAAAUAGUACCAAUAGUUGCUGCUUCUAUUAUAUUGUUUAAAAUAGGAGUUCUUGAAAAGUACAAUCUAAUCUAGGAAAGCCAUGAAAUAAUCGAAGAUUUUCCCCUUUUCUGAACUUCAAAAACUGUUUGACACAGCUGGUGAAAUAAUUACGUGUCUUGUAUGCAUCUCGACUCUUGAAAAUCCAUCCAUCAUGACUGAAAAACCAAUGACGGGCGAAGUAACCGUAAACGAAGUUCGAUUCGGAUUAUUUCGCGUCGUAUGGAAUCUUAUGUUGGAAAUGGGUAACCACGUCACAUAUAGUCAAGAAUUUAGCCUUUGCGGAACACAGUCUGGCCAGAAUUUCCAGAUCUCUACAGAGAAUACAAUGUUUAACAACAUUGUCACACUUAAAUGUAUUUCUUGCAGUGACCAUUCUGCAAGCCAACCUGAAGAUGAGCAAUCAAAAUCGAAACGCAUAAAAAUAGAAGAAGAAUCAGUUUUGCCCGAAUUGAAAAGUCUGUCUCAUGUCGAAGUUAUGUACUUAGGAAAAAGUGAAUUUCAAACUGGAAAUGACCCUAGCAAAUGGGAAAUCCUAAUAGACCAAAAGCUGAUGGGAGAAGAGCCUAUGAUCGAGUUCUGGAUCGACUUUGGGACAAACGAGUCAAAUGAAAAAAUUGUUAUCAACGGACUGUCAGAAAUGUUUCACAAUCAAACUCUGUGUGAUGUGAAGUUCAUGUUAAAAAACAGUGAAGAGAUUGGGGCCCACGUAGCAAUCCUUACUGCCGGAAGUCCUGUUUUCGCUGCCAUGCUUCAGUCGGAUUUCGUUGAGUCAAAAACAAGAAUUGUGAAUAUUGCAGACAGUGAAAUGGACGUUUUCAAGGAAAUGUUAGUUCACUUGUACACUGGAAAAGCACCAAAUCUGAUGGAAAUGAACUUUACUCAGUCUGUUUUCGAAGUUGCUGAUAAGUAUGGCGUCAAAUCCCUCAAAGACGAUUGCGUCAACCUCCUUGUAUCUCAACUGAGCAACGAUAACGCUAUGGAAUUGUUGGUCUGGGCACAAAUCCAUUCGCAGGCCAAGCUGAUCGAAAAAGCUAUACACUUUAUUGUGAAAAAUUCUAAGGAUCUCUGCUCCCAAGCCGAAUGGUUGGAUUUCAUGAAGGAUCAUCCCAACUUGUGUGUGGAGAUUAACCAGAGAAUGGCAAAACGCAUCACCAUAGGAUAUGACAAUGGAUGCUAUUCAGAUUAAAAACAAUUUCCAGUUAUGGUUUUGUGAAGUUGCAACUAGCGAAUCUACGAAGUUUGAAUGAAAACAGUGCUGUUGUGUGUUUGUGUCGCGAAAAACUCGGAAUUGUUACUGUCAUCUUAUAAUGUUCAUCCAACUAUAAUUUCCUUUUAUCUUACUUUACCAUGUUGAAUCAUCUAAAUUUAACUGUUUAUUUCUUUUUACCAAAAAAGGUAAAUAAACUUAGAUGAUAAGUUCA